AUGUGUCUAAGCUUUGUGCUUCAGAACUUGAAGAAUUUAUUAGAUUUAGCAGCUUCAAGAAAAUUAUGGAAAAUUGAGGCUGCUUCGAUUUCGUUUGUUUCUGCGUUGCCUUGUUGCACAGGUGCUAAAGAUGUUGUGAAAACAUGUAUGGAUGCUGGUGUUAAGGCUAAACUUAAACAAGCUAGUGAAACAGAUCAUCGUGCUGAAGUCGGUGCAAACAAGAAGGUAACUGAUGCCAAACUUGCAAAAGACUUUCAAGCAGUUUUGAAAGAAUUCCAGAAAGCUCAACGGCUUGCUGCUGAAAGAGAAACAUCAUACACUCCUUUCGUUCCCCAAACAGUUAUUCCUUCAAGCUACACUGCUGGUGAGGUAGAGGUUGCAUCAGAUAAAAGUGCCAAACAGCGAGCCCUUCUUAUGGAAUCAAGAAAGUAA